AUGGAUACAGCGGAUAAUAAUGUGAUACAGAAUGUCAGAGAUACUUUCACCUCAUCAUCAUUUAUUGAACAAUUUACGGUUACAUUGUUAAAUUCAAAUCUGUUUGUGAAUGCGAUUACAAAAAUUGUGGGCGAUGCAUGUAAACAACAACAAGCACUAAUUUGUUCUCUAUCGUCUGAGCUAAACGAAGUCAAAGCACAACUAAUCGAAGUUAAGUCGCAGAUAAAUGACCACGAACAAUACGGUAAACGCAAAGAUAUAUUGAUAUAUGGCAUACCAUUUAAAAAAGAUGAAAACGUUAUUGAUAUAGUUGUUGAAUUGGGAAAGUCACUGGGUAUUUCACUGAGUAAAAGUGAUCUUUAUGCAGUACAUCGUCUACCUCCAUCAAGGAAAACAACCGACAAAACAAAGCAAGCAAUAAUCGUCGGAUUUUUACGUAUUUCUGACCGAAAUCAAUUUUAUUCUGGACGUAAAAAAUGUCGUGGAAGUGAUCUAUACAAAAACGUAUUCAUUAAUGAACAUUUGACAAAUUUUAAUAAUAAAUUAUAUAUGUAUGCAUGUACAAAAUUAGACAGAAAAAGUGUUUACACUCGUAAUGGAAAUGUCUAUCAAUAUAUAACAAAAGGAGAUCA